CCAACAUCGAAUCUCGCCGGGCCCAAUGAUCGUUCCUCCCUUGGACCGCUCUCCGCUACACCCCCAGGAUCUCGUUACUCAGCCGACCAUCUCAUGAUGUCCGCAUCGAAUAUGGCCCAUACGCCGCAGGGGUAAGGAGCUUACGGCCAAUAAGAAACUGUGGUCCGUUGUGCCAUUGAUUACUAGCCUCACUGUGAGCGUUAUUGUCCUGUGCCCGUGACAUGAGUUGCUCAAUGGACGAAAGCUCUCCCGCAAUGACAGUGACGUUGCAAGAAAUUUUGGUUUUCGUGCGUGCAUGAUUGUUGCAGUCUGCUUACGUCCCAUCGAGAGCUGGUCUGCUAACACGUAUAUAUUGCACACUGUCGCUGCCCGCCUGUGCCACUCCUUCUCCCCAUUGCAGCCACCCAGCAGUCUAACAACCAGAAGGGACCAAUAUCGAAAAGACCGACCACACAGGCAAUUCAGACCAGGCCGGUAAUUGAGCGUACGCCAAAAAAGAAAACCAUUACUACUAAUUCCAAAACCCCCCAAACACAUUCAACACCAUGCCGGGCCUCCCAUACGCCGUACCAGCAAACUACGUUAUCCGCCUCGUCGAGGGGAGCAAUAUCAAUCAGGCAGCACCUCAGCAGCCCACUGAACCUAUCCAACCGCACGAACACCCUACACAUUUCCAAUUCCCCCGCGUGUCACUGCACGAAAUGACCCUGAAGACGCACUACCACGGCCCGCACAAGCCCGAACAAGUCUCAGCACCCCGAACGGCCGGCGUCUUCGCCCCGGCCACGGACAUCCGCGAGACGCUGCGCUCGUACCACAUCGAGAUCGAGACCCCAGGCGUCACGAACAAGGACAGCAUCCUGAUCCAAUGGCUCACGCCGCACACCCUGCUCGUCCAAGGCGAAGCAAAGAGACCCACCAACAUUGGGCUUCUCGACAACGCCGAAGGCAAGAGAGUCUGGGAAGGCGCCUCCGGCGAAGGAUGGCCCACCGAGUCGGGACAUUAUAAGACGUCCGAAGACGGCGGCCCCAUCAUGCGCACGCCAUCCCGAGAAACCGUCGAAGCCGAGCUCAUGGCCGAUGUCAUGCCGACCGUGCUCUUGUCCGAGAGAAAAGUCGGUCCGUGGAGACGAACAUUCACUUUGCCCGAAGACGUGGAGAUGAAGGAGCUCAAGGCCAGACUCGACGGGGGCUUGUUGAGGAUCGAUCUUCCAAAGCGCAGUCUCGAGGAUGAAGCCGAAAUGAGAGGCGGUGGGAUCAAGAUCGAGAUUGAAUAGAUGGAUGAAUGGGUUGGCAUUGGCUUCGAGUGGACGGGAGCGAAUACCAGGAACUGAGUGUUUUUGAAGGGGAAAAUGCAUUUAUGGCUAAUACUUACGAUGGGUUUGAAUCAGCAUGCAGGAAGGGAGGGAUCUUGGGUACGACUGGCAGGACUGGUAACUACUAGGCAAUGGGUUCUUGUACGACGAAUACUUACCUAGGUAUAUCUGAACGGGGACGACUUAAUUGCUCGAACUCACUAGGGUGGUCGGAUAUGAAGCCUUAUCAUCUACAGCUGUCUCCCCGGUUUCUCACGGUUCUUUCUUCGUCAAGGCAGAGGCUAAGCUGUGUGCGAAAUUCUCAUUCAGCCGUGAGAAUCUCGAGCAAGGCCUCGAAUACUUACGUUGCACGCAAGAGCUCCCAGCCAUGCUCGAUUCUAGGAGAAGUUGCUAAUCGUUUUGAAUCCCGUUCAAGGACAGCCCUGCGGAUUGGGUAGUAGCCUUGAUGCGAGUCAAUCUUCCCCGACUCGCAUCAAUGUAAAUUUCGGAGCGUAUUAAUCUCCUACGAAUACUCUGUAAACUAGGUGGCACCGCAACAGAUAGCACUUGAAGGAAACGCUCGUUUUGUGUCAAAAAUUUGGUACUUGCAUUU